AUUUGUUCCCAUUUCACACGACAGGCUGUGGUCUAUCUUGGUUUAGUUAAAGAUCUUUCUAGUCAGACUUGUUGCCUCCCACAAUGUAUCAGUGCUAACUGUUUUUGUCUAGGGACAGGUUUAAGGAGACCAGUGGCAGUGCGCAUGUGGUUGUGGAUGAUUCAGCGAGAGUCGAGUCCAGUGAGCAGAGCACUUGACAGCGGCGAGUUUAGCAACACUAGCUAGCUACUGAACAAGCGAAACAAGCGUUUUUUCGGACAAUGAAUAUUUGACAAUACAUUUUAAUGAACAAAUGACCACUAGGAGAGAGGCGACGACAAAAUCUUGGUGCUUUGGUGGACCAUACAUAGCCAUACGCCUGGCUGAAGAAAAAAACAAUCUGCUUCAGGGAAAGGUGUAAUGUUACUUGACAACGAGCCAUAAUGUUUUGGAUUUGACUUGCUCAGUCAUAGAUAUGGCGCUUUCAUAUCAAGCAGUGUUUGUAAGGCCAUUUAACUGAACAUUUUUAUUGAGGUAACUAGCUAGCCAGGCUACUGCUGGCUUGAAUUUGCUAGCUAGCUUACUAGCCAACGUUAGCAAUUGGACCUGCACUUGUUAUUCAAUCAACCAGCCUAUUCACUCCUCAAUUCAGGAAUUUGCGGUCGUGCAUGUUAAUGCAUCAUCAUCUGUUUCAAUAGCUCUGCCAGCCCUGCACACCCAUGAUCCAGCAGGCAGCUGAUGGAAGAUCCGGUUCCCAACUUGCCCACCAUGGUCUCCAGGCUGCCCAAGUUUGGCUCGCGCCCCACGGCUGUGGCUGCCACCGCCCCACUGAGCAAUGGGACCCGCCACCACCCUUCCUCCAGCACCACGGGCAAAGGGUUACCCACUGCCACCACCAGGCAGAACGGAACAAUCCGGAUGCCCUCCUCCUUCUCUCUGAAGUGGAAGAAGGGGAAAGGGGGAGCCCCUGUGGAGAGGGGGGGGGACUCAUGGGAGGAGGACAGAACUGGAGCUGGGCAUCACCCCCGACAACCGCAGCACUUACCAAUGGUGGUACGGGAGAUUAAGAAGCCGUCUAGCAUGCCUGCCACAGUUAAGGUACAGGGGUGUGCUUCCACCUUCCCCAGGACUAUACGCUCCAGAACUGGGUCUCGCGGGGCCAUCCCCAAACAGGCCUUGUCUGGACAGAGUCUCGGCAAUGGCAAAGCGGGUCUCAACGGCCAGGCGGGUGGUGUUGGGCGGUCUGGGACCGGUUCACUCAGGCGGGGCCAAAGCCGUGGUUCUCCCCACAGCAACCUGACCAGCAGCCUGUCCCAGUCCAGCGACAGCCUGGAGACGGCCACAGAGGAGAACAUGGUGCGCUCCCAGAGCCUCACCCACGUCAAGAGGAUCCCCUCCCCCACCGAGCCACCCAUCAUCCGCUCCUACUCCUUCAACAGGGCCUCGGAGCUGACCAAGGAGCUGCCCAGGCCUCUAGCCAAGGUCAAGACAUCUCCCCUGGCCAGACCCACCCCUGUGCUGAGUAGUGGGGGGAGAGGAAAAGGCCUACAUCUUAGUAAGGGUGGACCUAGACCAGUGCCAGGCAAGGCUGGGGUGGGAACAACUAGCUGCAUCUUGCCACCCAUCACACUGAGGAAGUCCUUACUACCGAGUUCAGCCUCCUCCACCACCAAGCCUUCGGCCCUCAGCUACAGGCUCACACGACCCUCCCUCAUCAAGCAGCCUCACCCUGUCCUGGCCGCCACCUCCCAGAAGGUCCAUGGCAACAGAAAGGAAAGCGAGGGGAGGAGGAACUCGGUGGAGAUGCCCCGUGUCACCCCAGACCUGACCAGCAUCACUGACAGCCCAGUGAGCACCCCAGAGGGCCUGCUAGAGGAGCCUGUGGCGUCCAGUGGGGUCCAUCCCCUGGGGGAAGGCCUGGAGGACAUGUCACUCUCCUCCACCUCCUCCCUGGAGCGCAACGACACCAGUGAGGAGUACAUGGACGAUUUUGACAACCUGGGAAAUGGAGGAGACUGCAUUCUGCUGCUCCCGGCCCAGAACGGAAGGCUCGACCAAUCACAGCCUGACUUGGAUGAUGACAACACAGACGUCAACCGACGGCACGGUGGAACCUCCAUGACUGGCCUUCACAGCUUCCUGUCUGACAGUGUGGACUGGGCCAGGAUGGGACUCACUGGGGGGUUGUCUCGGCGUACUAGCCAGGCCCUGUCUGGGGGUGCAGAAUACCCCCUUGGCUCAUCUCUGGACCUGUCCCCCUCAGAUUCUGGCUCGGGGGGGACCUACAUGUGGGACGAGGAGGGUCUGGAGGCCCUUGGGACCAUCACACACCCCUGUGGGAGUUACGACUCAGACCUCAACAGCAUGGACAUACUCAACAACCUGGACAACCUGGAGUCUGGGUGUGACCUGGAUGACGAUGACCUCAUGCUGGACGAUGACCUCCCUGAGCAUGGCUCCUUGCACAGUGAUACUGAUGGGAUGUCCCAUCUGUCCCACUGGAGAAGACAGCUCUGUUGGACUGCAGAGGAUCACCUCCACAAUGACAACCGUGACGUUGGGUUCCAGCUGUAUGAUGGGUACCAGGGCACAGGCUUGGCAGGUCUUCACCAAGCUGUGGAGCUGGACGAGCUGACACUGAAACACAUGGCAGAGGACUGCUGCUCUGUCAAGACCCAGCUAGAACACCUGAAGCUACUGCUGCAGGUGGAGGGUGGUAGUGAGAUGGACAACACUCUGGAUACAUUGAGCCCAGAAUCCAGAGAGGACCCCAUUCAAGCUCGACAGGUGGAGGAGCUGUUGAAGGAGGUGCAGGAGCUGAGAGAGGAGCUGAGAAGUAAAGAUAGGAUCAUUGCUCAGCUCACCAAGCGUGUGGCUGUUCCUGUCGAGCCCACGAGAUGCCACUGCCAGCAGCACUGGGACGUGGAAAGAGUGACGGUGACCUACCAUGACAAGGCCACACAGACUCCACAGUGGAGGGGACAUGCUCCUCAAAUACUACAGCCUUCCAGGCCAUGGCCCAACAGUGUGCAGCAACUCCAGCCCCAGGAAAGACUAACAAGCUCAGCCCACACCGAGGCUCCCCGAGGCUCCUCCAACCCUGGCUGUGGGGACCCGGCCAAAAUGAUCCCUGCACCUAGCCUCCCGCAGUCCCCCGGCUCUCUGAAAAUAGCCUCCAUCCCUAAGAGGCCACAGGAAGGCCCCACCACCACAACCAACUCCACCCAGACGUCCAUGGCAGGCUUCCCCAGGGUGGUGAGAGGAAUCCAGUGUAGGAGCAGUCUCAGGCCGGGCUGCACAGCUCCACAGUCCAGGCUGCUCCCACCUCCUUUCAGAGGUCUGCCCUGCUACAGCUCCGCAAACCAGGCCUCUGCCUCCUCCCAGGGCCCUGCACUGCCGGCCUGCCCCCGGACCAAAGCACCCAGACAGACUCCAGGCCUCAGAGAACCAGAGAUUGGCGGGCUCAAGGCCAGAGGUCUAGUCCAUCCCAGCCUGUUACGACUUCCCAAGCCAAAGAGCCACUGACUGCUAUCUCUCAACUCUCAAACAUUGCCAUGUAGCAAGACCACUCAGCACCACCUUCUACCCAUUCAAACCCAAAAGAUCUGACUUCUUCUAAAGGCUUCCAGGCCUCACCUCAGCAAGGUUACCGUGUCUACCCUGUAAGAAAGGAAGACUUGUAGAUUAUAUCCAAAAUCCAAAUCAAAUCAAAUGUAUUUAUAUAGCCCUUCUUACAUCAGCUGAUAUCUCAAAGUGCUGUACAGAAACCCAGCCUAAAACCCCAAACAGCAAGCAAUGCAGGUGUAGAAGCACGGUAGCUAGGAAAAAGGCCAAAACCUAGGAAGAAACCUAGAGAGGAACCAGGCUAUGAGGGAUGG